AUGGUAUUUGAUUAAGUACCGUACAGUGGCUAACAAGGCCUAUUGUACGCUAAUGUAAGUACCCCACGUCGGCGGAUCAGCGGGGCAUUUUAGUGUCCUUUUGUGCCGGCAGAGCUGUUUUAUGGCAGCUCCCAGUGCACGGGGUGCAUAAACCGUUGCUGUGUUAACCAGCUGUUUCAUGCAAACGGUCCGCCAGCUCCUACAUCUCGAAUCUCGACGCCAGCUUUCCCCAUGCUUUCUCUCAGGAACUUCGGUACUUGUCCGUGAUACCCUCAUAUUCUUCCCUUCUUUCUACUUGUAUUAACAGUCUCGCCGGUGACUGAUCCGCAGCUCAUCUUGGCAUUUUACCCUUUUUUUCCCUGUACAAUUCAUUACCUUUCUAGAAAAUCAACAAGUCACUACCAACUCAACAUGGAGAACCUACUCUCUCUUGCAUUCGAUAAUCUAUCGUCAUACGAUAACGGCAAGAUUCGAAAAGGUCUACGCCAGGUCGAAGGCCUUCUAGCCAACAUUUGUCUGUCCCGACAGGAGACGAGCAGGGACCGCCGCGCCUCCAUGGCUAGGGAUCCAGGACAGGAACAGGAAUCGCCUCCCAACUACAAAAACCUCAGCGAACUUGCCGAUGAUCCAGCUUUCUACGAAUUCUUCAAGCUACAGGAGGGCUUUGAAUGGAAUGUUGCCGUUCGACUUGUGAACACGCUUGACCGUCUACUCGCAAAGGGCGGUGAUGGAUCAAACGACCUGCUUAUUCUGAAUGCGCUGGAUCUUAUACAGGGAGUAAUGCUGCUCCAUCCGCCCAGCAAAGCCCUGUUCUCACGAGAGAUGUAUAUGAAUCUCCUCCUCGACCUCAUUGAACCCGAUUUCUGUCCAGCCAUUCAAUCAGCCACUCUCCUCACACUCGUUACGGCGCUAAUUGACACGCCCCAAAAUACGCGAACAUUCGAGAGCCUCGAUGGUCUACUUGCCGUGACCUCGCUCUUUCGUUCUCGAGGCACUAGUCGCGAUGUCAAGCUCAAGCUCAUUGAGUUCCUCUACUUCUACCUGAUGCCCGAGACUCCAUCGAUCCCGAGCGCGGCAUCCCGCGACUCUGUGCCAGGGUUAUUACAGCGCAGUCCCAGCAAGCUCGCGAAAGCGUUUUCAAACGGCGGCAGCAGAGACGAGGACGGCCGACCGCGGUCCGCUGGCGAGAGUAGCACCCGCACCCAAGAAGAGAAACAAGCCUUGCUAGGCCGACAUCUUAAUAGCGUCGAGGAGUUGGUUAAGGAUCUACGGCAAAAUACCUUGUUCAACGGCGUUGUUUCUUGAAUGUGCGCAUAUUGCCAACGAUAUGGCUAGGAGCUGUAUCUCUAAUUCCAUUUGGUUUGGAUGUUUUAUUUGUUUCGCUUGGCGCUAUCUUUGGUUUCAUUG